UAAUCAAACGCAAACUUACAAAAUUCUUAACUAAGUUUACAACCAUGUGUGCUAAAACAGUAUUAUCGUUAAUUGUUAACGUUUUAACCAUCAGUGCGUCAUCAAUCAAUCUCAAAACCGGCGUAACUUUUAAAAAUGUAACAGUCACCAGUCACAUCUACAACGACAAAUCCGUCACAAUAUUUGUUCCUGAAGUCGCCAAUCUACGAAAUAUCCUCCCACACAAAUCCAUUUACGCAAUAUUUAUAAAAAAAGGAGACCCAAUCCCCGUGGUUUACGAAAACGCAGUAACCGACUUUGACAGUUUGUUCAUUCUGGAGCUACAGGACCACCAAAUCGAAGACAUACGUCCAGGAGCUUUAAAAAAUUUGCCCCGGAUGAAGGAGCUGAUUCUAGACCGGAACAAACUAACAAAAAUCAAGGAUGGAGUUUUCGUGGAUUUAAAUGUGACGUAUCUUUCUCUGGAUGGUAACAACAUCGACUACAUCUCUCCCACUGCUUUCGAUGGUUUGAAGAAUUUGGACGUUUUGAGUUUGCGUAACAAUAGUAUCAAGGAAUUUAACCCGAGGUGGUUUAAAAAUAAACAAAUGCGCAUUGUGAGGCUUCAGCAUAAUUUCAUCGAACAUAUUCCAGAUGGUGGUUUGGAAAAUAUUUACGGUGGUUUGCAGCUGGGUUAUAAUAGAAUUAAAAGAAUUUCGGGCGCCAUGUUUGGGGAUUCUGGGUUGGGAGCUUUGAGUUUGGGAAACAAUGAAAUAAGUGGGUGGGAUGAAGAAGAUUUUGACAACGUUGUUGCAGAGGAUUUUGAAAUUGCUAAUAAUAAACUGGAGUGUUUAAAUGGGAGUCUUAGUCGUUUGUUGACUGCGCAGAGAAAUUAUCUUUCUGGAAAUCCAUGGAAGUGUGAAUGUUAUUCUAAAAUACAAGAGUGGAUUUCGUCUCAUAGUACAAGAGGUGUUAAAGUUUACGUGUCACCUGCACCUUCUCAAUUGUUGUCGAUGCGGUUAGAGCGAUCGGUCACGAUCAGCACAACCCCGAACCCCGACGACGACGAUGAUGAAUGGGAUGACGAUGAUUCGUCAGAAGUUGAGGAUGAUGGGAAAAUUUAUAAGAACCCGAGAAACUCCCCGUCGACGUUGUGCCCGAGGGAUGAUGCACAGGCCACGCAGUUGGGCCAUAGAUGUCUGCGGAAGUGCUCGUCAGACGAAGACUGCAAAAGUAAGAAGAAGAAGUGCCUUUGUGACGGAGCGUGCGGAAUGUCUUGCAUUAAGCCUGAUAGGGAAUGUCCAGAACCCGAGCAAAUCCCCUUUGGUAGCGUUACGUACACGGAAAGAGUGUUUGGAGCCAAAGCGACCUAUUCAUGUCAACACGGUUAUCAUGUCGUCGGAUUACAAAGUCGAACGUGUCAAGCUGACGGAAAAUGGGCAGGAUCGGCGCCUGUUUGCAAGCAAAACAUUUACUGCCUGUCACCCCCGACAAUUGAUCACGCCCGACACAAUGCCCUUCCGGAACAAACCACCUUCGACCUCGACUCGACUCUGCAGUACUACUGCCACAACGGCUACGUGACGAACGGUUUCCCCAGGGCCAAAUGUCUGGCUAUCGACGGUCAAGCCUCCUGGUACGGCCCAGACAUUUCCUGCGAACCGAAUUCCUGCGGCGCUCCGACCGACAUAUCCCACGGAUGGCACGCCGGCGAAUGUUACACAUACGGAUGCCGUAUAACUUACCACUGCGCCGAAGGAUAUGAACUCGUCGGGAAAAACGAGCGAUUGUGUCAGGCUGACGGCACCUGGACUCCCAAGGAAUUGCCUACUUGUGUUCUGGUUACAGCGGUUCAGUGCAGCCCCCCUGAGAACCCUCGCCAUGGCAAGGCCAUCUACACUUCCUGCAGCUACAACUCGGUGGUCAGCUACGAGUGCAAGUACGGCUACACCCUCAUGGGCGAGAGCACCCGCAGAUGCGGCGCCGACCGGAAGUGGUCCGGCGCUCAGCCCAUUUGCAAAGAGAUUAACUGUGGACAUCCCGGGCGGCUGUGGAACGGCUGGCUGGAGAACAUUGAAGGGGGCACCGGGUUGGGUGCUUCCAUCAUUUUCCGGUGCCACGAGGGGAUGUUGCUCGUGGGCAACACGUCGACGGUGUGCCAGAUCGACGGCAAGUGGAGGUACCCGCUGCCGAAGUGUUUGGCACCUUGCGUAGUACCACAUGUUAGUCAAGGACAAGUCAUUCUAUUGUCAAGAAAUGAUACAGCGAUGACAUCCACUGUAGUACAACACGGAGAAGAACUUGAAGUACACUGCGAACAACAGUACGAAUUCCUAGCAAGCAUGUCACCAGUUUCUUGUAACAAUGGUACAUGGACUCAGAUUCCGAAGUGUGAACCUGCAAGAUGCAAGCAUCUACCAAGACCACCUAAAAAUGGAAUGGUAAUUGCCCCGAAAAUGGACCACAGCAUGAAGGCAAGGUUCAAGUGCAAAGACGGAUUCCAGAUUAAAGGUCAUCCGUUGGUAGAGUGCUCUUUUGGCAACUGGACUGGAGAAAUACCUAAAUGUGAGGAAGUUUAUUGCCCAUAUCCAGGCUCAGUUUCCAACGGUAAAAUUCUAUUAGUCGGCAAUAUGGGUCUCUACGACUACCGCCCCUACGUUCGAAAAGUCACCAACAACAAACAAAUCAUGUACGAUUGUGACAAAGGCUACGUGUUAGCGGAAGGUCCGCCUGGUGCGACUUGCGUCGGAGGCAAUUGGAGCCCCUCUCAACUACCCAAAUGUCUUCUGGGACAGCAUCCGAGGCUGCGAUGGAACAGACGGAGACGAUCAAUAGUAAUGGAGAAGUAUAAACGAGCUUUCAUUCGACAUCAUAAGCUGAUUUACGGAAAGAGGGAGAAAAGAUACGUCCAUAAUUAUAUUAACACGCAUUUGAAAGAGGACCAAAGUGUUGUGAGGGAGCUUAACCGCCAACAAGCUUUGAGACGGUUCAAGCGCGGACUCAAAGGUGGCAGCAGCAGUCGGGCUUUCGGAACUUCGCACAAAAGCUCCAAUUCGCAGCUGAGUUUGCGAAGAGGUAACAAAAAUAGGUUCAAUUAUGAAGAGGAAGACACGAAACACGAAGAAAUGGCCAUUAAAAAGACCAAACAUAAGGUUAGAGGACCUUGCGAGCCGCUGUCCAGCGAACCUUACGUUAACAUUGAAAUAGUGAAACACGGAAGGGACGCUAACGUGACUUUCAGUUCAGGGACUGUAGUAAAAAUGGCUUGUGGAAAAGGGUAUGGGUUGAAUAUGGCAGAAAAUCGGACUGCGAAGUGUGUCAGAGGACGAUGGAGGCCUAUGAAACCCGUCUGUUCGAUCUUACCAUGCUUCGUUCCUCCAACGGAAAACGGGAUCUUCAAGCUCUCAAAGGCAGAUUUGUUGUCUGUCAACACCACGAUAGAUCCUGAUGAACCCCUCAAUGAAACCAUGGAAAUUGAUAAUGGGCAAGUGGUGGAGUUUAGUUGUGUGGAAGGUUACAAUAUACAGGGUCCACGAAACCUGAGGUGUUGGCAUGGUGAAUGGACCGUUACUAGUCUUCCAGAGUGCGCAGCUUCCCCCUGUCAGUUACCAUCGAUUUCAAAUGGGCAGUACCUGAUGGGCUACAGAGCUGGUCUAACUAUCGCUAAUGGUUCUAGUGUGACUUUCCAGUGUGAUACUGACUACAGUCAAUCUACUGCGCAGCCCAUUCAAUGCAUUUUGGGUGAACUAUUUCCUAAAGUUCCUUCGUGUAAGCUGGAUGCUGGAGUCGAUUUAAGCGCUAAGGCUAUAGAUUCGCCCCAUUUUAUUGGUGGUGCCGAUAUUAUCAAAGGUGGUGAUAUCACUGUCAUACAGUAUGGGUCUCCGUCGAAAGCUUGUGGUCCUCCAGCCAAGGUUCAAGGCUCUCUCGUGUACAAAAAUGGCGAACCAAUAGUAGACGACGAAAACAACUUCCCCGACGGAACAGAAGUGACAUUUAACUGCAUCGAAACCAUCAUGGGCGAAAAAACCACAUGGAAAAUAGUCUGCGAGGAUGGCAGUUGGAUCGGAAGAUCAUUAAACUGCGAUACAGAAGAACUACUAGCCAACCAGAUGAUGAACAACAACAACACUUGCAUCUUCAGAAACCAAGAACCUAGCGUGAUUUCGUUCUACAACGACCAGCAAAUACGGGAAGAGGUUGUAGAAUUUCCUUCUGGAGCUUUGAUUGUGAGCAGAUGCGUCGAUAUCGGAAAGUAUGCCAUGACGGGUUCCAAUAGGAGGAGAUGUGUGGGUGGGGAGUGGGACGGAACAAAACCGGCUUGUUUUGGCCUAAACCAAGAGAACGACUACUCUAUGGAAAAACCCCCGACUAUAUUGUUUAGGCAUCAGCUGGGUCCUAUUGCUCAGUCUAACGACGGAAAGUUGAUCGUUUACCCUGGGACUAUCUUGCAUAUGGAGUGUUUGUGGAUUAGGAGAUUCGGGAACCCGAAAUGGACCGUUAGUCACGAUUAUAGAAAAUAUCCGGAAGGGUGGACCACAGAUCCCGGUCGUGACUCCCAACUCGAAUACAGACUGUCUAUUUUCCACGCUUCUAAAGACGACUCCGGACUCUUCACUUGCGUCACCCCGGCCCGACACACCCACUCCGUGGAAAUAGAAGUGAAAGCCGUGCACUGUCCCAUCGUGCCCCAGCGUCGCGGCCUCACCGUCAACACCCAGAACACCAAAAUGAACACCCAUCUCAGGUUCUCGUGCAUCAACGGCAACGCUUUGAUCGGAGCCUCCGACAUCUUCUGCCUUCCUUCCGGUAACUGGAGCGCCCCGUUUCCGGUCUGUGAGAGUAUCGAGUGCGGGGAGGUGGGAGGUGUAUUGCCACCUCGCCUUCGUGUUCUGGUGGUUUCUAGAGAGGUUGGGGGCCGCGCUGUCUUUAGCUGCGAGCCCGGAUUUGGGCUCAGGGGCCCCCAGGAAACCGUGUGUCAACCGAACGGAGAUUGGGCCACACCGUUCCCGACGUGCGAAGAAGUUCAGUGCAACAAUCCAGGGAACCCCGAAAACGGCUACAUGCAGGGCAGCGGUCCCUUCAAGGCAGGAGACGUCGUUCAGUUUAAUUGCAACCCGGACUUUAUGAUGGAAGGACAGCCGAUUAUUGCCUGUCAAGAUAAUUCGAGAUGGUCCGGGAAAUUACCCAAAUGUGUCCAAGCUUGCUCGUACCCUGGAACCACAAUCAGUGGUAAAAUGUCGUCGGUUAAGUUCUACUACAAGAUUGGGGAGAAUAUAACGUUCACGUGUGAUGAGGGUCUGGGCCUGAAGGGCGCUGCGAUGUUGAAGUGUUUGAAGAACGGGAAAUGGUCUAACGCUAUUCCGACAUGUGUGGCCGAUAACAGUACACAAGAAAGUGAUUAAGGUGUGAUUUUUGGCAAAGAAAUUAAAAUUAAUGUGAUAUAGAUAAUAUCAUUGUUUGAAUUUUGAUUGUCAAUUUUUAUUAAAAAUCGAUGUAUUUAUUAUGGGAAAGCAUGAGGGUUCUUUUCUUUUGUGAAGACUUAAACAUCAACUCUUGGCAACUGUUAUCUCACCAGACAUAUCUGUUAAAUGUACGUAAAUUUUAUAUAGAUUUAGAGGUUUUUAUAAUUGUAAGAGUUUAAUACAGAGUUAGUUGUAAGGUCGGUGGUUAAAAUGAGAGAAGUACCACGAUUGUACGAAAGUAUCCCCACUUAUAACCUAAUCAUAUUUUAUUAGAUAGUAGAAAUAAUCGAAACAACAAUGGUAAUAGGAUACAAUACUCAGUAUAAACAUUAAUAUACAUGUAAACUAGAAGCUAUAAAACGAU